CUCUCUCCCACACUCGACUCUUCUGACCAUCCCAGCGACCACCUUGAAUUUCAUUUACCACUAUUAAUUCUCUUUCCUGGGCCCAUUGAGUCUCUGCUCUGGGUUUUCUACGAGCAGACUUGCUCGUCGCAUCUCAAAUUCGUUUCUCCGAGUACGCGUCUCGAGCUGGUCAACAGCCAUACUCCGGCUACCGCGUGCUGGGUAGCUGAGGCCAAGAGCACACCAUGGCUCCCUCUACUACCCUCUCAGAGAUAACAGGUUCUCCUACGCCGGGAUCUAAACGUCGUGCAACCUCUCUUCUCCCUGCCUUUGAACCGUUAUCAUCUUCCCCAGCUCUACCGAGACCUCUGAAGCGUACCCGAGAUGCAUUCGACGAGCACACGACAUAUCCCACGCCUGUACCGACCUCCUCCACUCAUAUUCUCACCUCUUCACCCUCACGCGUUAUGAAUCCGAGACCGAACCUUGCCAGAACUUCUUCCACCCUCUCAGAACGCACACCGCUUGGAGCAGUCCCGUCCAUUCAGCUUGGUGCUGACGGCAAGACAACGCGUAUGGGAAGGUCGAGUGCUUCAUGUAACUACCAGCUGUCUGCAAACCGUCUGAUCUCUCGAGUUCAUGUCGAAGCAUGCUACAAAGCAGCCAGCUCGCGUCUAGAGCGUGAUCGUGUGGAGAUAACAUGCACUGGCUGGAAUGGUGUCAAGAUACAUUGCAAGGGUCAAGUGUACGAAGUCAAGAAGGGAGAGACAUUCUCGUCGGAUGUGAGAGAUGCUGAGAUCAUGCUUGAUGUUCACGACACUCGCGUGGUUAUCCGAUGGCCUCCAAAGCCACGUCUGGGUGCUAUAUCAUCUGAUGAAGAGGGCGAGGAGGACUCACCGACCAAACGCCAGCGAGUCAUGCUACGCCAUUCAACGCCGCCCAGCCCGAGUCCGAUGCAAUCUCGAAGACGACCUGCUUCGCCCGUCUCACCUUCACCAGCUGUCCAAGCACUAUUGCCAUCAUCACCUCCUCUCCCCCUUACUAGAGCCCCCCUUGAGACCGUCGAAAUCUACGAAGAUCCCGAACCAGAGGAAGCUAAUGGAAUCAGUGAUGCUGCAGAGGUAUCUCAAGUUACACAAGCGUUGUCCGAGAGUGUUCAGAAUCCCACCAUGUCCCAGGUCAACGUAUCCAUUACAACAGAGGAGUUUUCCGACAACGAUGAGGAAAACGAUCCCAUCAUUCAUUCAUUUGGACCUUUUGGUGCUAACCUCUUACCACGAAUGGCAUCAUUCACCACUGGAGACUCCCCAUUUCCCGGUGAUUCUAUCAAGAGUUCUCGUUCUUCACAUACUGAACCGUUGCAUCCAAACCAGGCUCCCGCAGCUUCGAAGAAGGACUCAACCGAAUUUGACGUUCAAGGUCAUAUCAUCAACCAACUUGCGUUCUCUAGAUUGUCCUCGACACCGUGGUCAACUAUUCUCAGUCAUUUGCCCUCCGAGGCUGGCACCUUGUCCAUCAACGCCAUCAAACAAAUCGUCAAAGGAACUGCAUGCAUCGGCGAGGUUUCGAGAGAAGGGAAGGACGCUGCCGGAAAGCCACUCGAGAGCGAGUUCUAUUACAUUCCGGACAUGGAUGGAGAUGAGAUGAGGAGGGAAGCCGUGGUCAAUGAUUUGCGAAAACCAGGACUACGAGCAUGUCGCAAGCAACACAAGCAAUACUUUUGGCGCAAACCGAAAUGAAUCAGCUAAGCUCUUGCUCUGUCACAGCAUUUACAUCUGAGGGCAGCAGUCUAUCAACCCCGAGGUGCAGGAUGUGGUCCCAUCGUUUCCUUAUUGUUCACCGUCGUUUCUGUCGCAUAUCCAUGCACUUGUUGCUCUUUGCAGUGAGCCCUUUAUGUGUAUGUAUACGGAAAGUGAGCGUCUGUGCAUGGCGGGGUGUGUGUGUCUAGGAACAUGUGUGCUCGCUGGUAACGUAUGGAAAUGGAACGUCUUCUCUGGAGGGCCCGUCCAGAAUAGCUAUUAAGCAGAAAAUGGAUACCCAUGACUUGA